AAAAGAUACUAAGUUUAUUCCUCGUAGGCAUUAUUAUAUGAAGAUCUAUCAAGUGAUUUAACGUACAUUACGACCUGCGACGACGAAUCUAAAUUUUCUCUAGUGCUUUUGAUGAAGUCUCCUGCAGGGUAUUGUUACGUACGGCUGGACAGAUAAUAACGUGAACGAUAUAUGUUGUUUUUAUUUUAUUAAUUGGAGAACAUCAAUUAUGAUAUUUAGAUUUUCGGAAAAAAGAUAACCUUAAGUAUUAUUUUAAACCUCGAACAAUAAUGACUGAGACACAAUAUGAUAAAACAAGUUGUCAAGAAGUAUCACAAGAAAGCAAUGAAACAAAUAUUCCUAUUUCCUUAUUAAAAGAAAUCAUAGAAGAUGGAAAACAUAGUACAAUCAAUCCUCAAUUUGGAAGUUCUACAUGUGAAUCUAAUGUGAAUAAUUUGUCUAAUACUUCGUUUAUUUUACCUUCAGAACAUUUGCAGAUAUUAGACUCUGUCUUUUCCUUAGAAAGUCAUGAAUUUUUUUUAAACAAUUGUGGAAGUAAGCGUCUUAUAAUUGGACUAACAAGUUUAGAGAUUCCAAAAUUAACAGUGACUUUCAAAUUGCAUGAUCUAAAAAAUAAUUUCUGUGUAGCAUUCAACAAAAAAGAUUGGAACAAAAUUGUGCAACUUGAAACAAUAAUCUUGGAUAAUAUGCUUAAUAGAAUUGAAGAACAAGUUUAUGACUCUGAGCAUAUUAGUAUAGAAAUAUUAAUAUUUUAUAAUAUACCAUGUGUCAAAUUUAAGGAUAUUAUAGAUAAUCAUUGUACAUUAGCAUUAGAAACAUUCCAGAAGUUGAUGUUGUUGAAAAACGAAAUAGAAGCGAUAUAUGAUAAUCUAAAUGAUAAAAUAAAAGAUGUUACAAAGCGGAUGAAACUGUUCAUGGAUAUUACUUUUUUUUUACUCUUCAAAAGUAAUAAUAUUGAUAAUCGACACAACUACAAUAGAGAGAUACUAUCUUUAAGCAAGUCUUCCAAUUUUUUAAAUUUAACUUCAUCUGUAGCUGAAGCAUGGAAACAAUUAGGCAAGUUUAUUUCAGCGGAAUCUAAUACUAAUUCAGAUGUAUAGAAAUAAUCAAUGUUUGGUUGUUUUAAAAGAUUAAAUAUGUUUUUACUUAUGAUUUAUGAUAAUCAUAUAUGUUCACAAAGUUUAUUUAUAUAUUGUUGUCAUAUAUUUAUAUAAUAUUGAAAAUAUAUACAAUUAUAAUAAUAUGAACUAGAAAUAAAUUAUUAUAAGUUGUAUCAAAUUUUAUAAAUAAUA